GGGGACGCUAUGUUGGGCAAGGAUUACAUGCUGGCCAUCAUUCUGGUCAACUGUGAUGAUGACUUAUGGGGAGACCAGAGCCUGGAGGGGGAGCCAGGCUUGCCCCCUGGCUGGAGGAAGAUCCACGAUGCUGCAGGUACUUACUAUUGGCACGUCCCUAGUGGUAGCACCCAGUGGCAGCGCCCUACCUGGGAGCCUGGAGAUGCAGAGGACCCAGGCAAGGGGACCGAAGGAGUUUGGGCACUGCGACCCCCCAAGGGGAGAUCCUUCUCCAGCUUGGAGAGCUCACUGGACCAGAGUAACUCCCUGUCCUGGUAUGGUGAAGAAUCCUACAUCCAGAGCAUGGAGCCAGGGGCUAAGUGCUUUGCAGUCCGAUCUCUGGGCUGGGUAGAGGUACCUGAGGAGGAUCUGGCUCCAGGGAAGAGCAGCAUUGCAGUCAAUAAUUGCAUCCAGCAGCUGGCCCAGGCCCGUAGCCGGAACCAGCCCCCAGAUGGUGCCUGGGGUGAGGGCCAGAACAUGUUGAUGAUCCUGAAGAAGGAUGCCAUGAGCCUGGUGAAUCCCUUGGACCACAGUCUGAUCCACUGCCAACCUCUGGUGCACAUCCGUGUUUGGGGUGUGGGCAGCUCCAAGGGCCGUGAUAGCCCAAUCUCUGACCUUGCCAGGGACUUCGCUUUUGUGGCGGGUGACAAAGAUAGCUGUAUGCUCAAGUGCCAUGUGUUUCGUUGUGACGUCCCCGCCAAGGCUAUUGCCAGUGCCCUGCAUGGGCUCUGUGCCCAGAUCUUGUCAGAACAAGUAGGGGUCAGUGGUGACGCUCCUUGCUGCUCCCCAGACCCGAUAUCCCCCGAAGACCUGCCACGGCAAGUGGAGCUGCUGGAUGCAGUGAGCCAGGCUGCUCAGAAGUAUGAGGCACUGUACAUGGGGAGCCUGCCAGUCACCAAAGCCAUGGGAAUGGACGUGCUGAAUGAGGCCAUUGGUACCUUGACCACCCGGGGUGACUGGGAUGCCUGGGUUCCCACCACACUCAGUGUGUCUGACUCCCUCAUGACUGCACAUCCCAUUCAGGCAGAGGCCGGUGCAGAGGAGGAGCCACUGUGGCAGUGCCCUGUGCGCCUUGUGACUUUCAUUGGUGUUGGCCGUGACCCCCACACCUUUGGCCUCAUCGCCGACCUGGGCCGCCAGAGCUUCCAGUGUGCAGCCUUCUGGUGCCAGCCCCAUGCAGGCGCACUCUCCGAAGCUGUACAGGCUGCCUGCAUGGUUCAGUACCAGAAGUGUCUUGUGGCCUCUGCAGCUCGGGGCAAGGCUUGGGGUGCCCAGGCCCGUGCCCGCCUUCGGCUCAAGCGGACCAGCUCCAUGGACUCCCCAGGAGGUCCCCUGCCCCGUCCCCUACUCAAAGGAGGUGUUGGGGGUGCAGGGGCUGCCCCUCGAAAACGGGGCGUCUUCUCUUUUCUUGAUGCCUUCCGGCUGAAACCCUCUCUACUUCAUAUGCCCUAAAUUUAUCUGGGAGGACUGGGGAAGGAGGUUUUGGGUCCAUGCCCAACUCUUUAUCCCUUCAUUCCUCAGGAGCUUACAGCCUCUCAUCCUUGGAACCUUUUCUGCCUGCUCCUCUGGUCCUUGCCCACACUCUAUUUAUUGCCCUAUUUAUGAACUUUAUAUGGAUGACCGAGAGACCUGCAUCACAACCUAGGCCUGUGGCUUCCCUUUCCCUGGGUCCCUGUGCUCCUUGCCCUUGUCUAGCCCAGGACAGUUGGCUCUACCUCAGCAACUCUUUAUAGCAGAAUCACUGCAAAUAAAAUCCUUCAGUGACCUCA